UCAAGAUUCUCUCCUACCGCCUGCUCUUCUUUCUCCUCGGCCGGCGCUCCACGCCAACGGGACCCGGCGGAGCUGCCUCCCCGAGCUUGCCAACGUGGAUCUGCCGACCCAGCAUCCUUCUGCCCCUCCUUGUGCGUCCCUCCACUCACCUCUGCACGAGCGUGGCGACCUUGUUUCCCUCCACUACUCCUCGCGCGUCCGCGCCACCGUCGCUCUCCGCCGGCCGUGUCUGCCCCGGCUGCUCUCCUGCCCUAGUGCCCUUGUCUCUUUGCCGUACACUGGUGCGCUUCCCCUCCCCCUCCCCACCUCGGCAUCGACGUGAUUUGCGUGUCCGACGGACAUGGCGGACUCGCCGGUGGAGCUGCCGAGCUGACUUGCCAUGCAUACUGUCAUCUCCGUAACAAGGUGCUGCUCGCAGGCGCCAUCAUGUGGAUCCCUGCACAAACCCCAGUAGAGAUAAGCCAGUUUGCUCACUUCUGGGGCAUGCCGCCGAUGUUCUUGAUAUGUCAUGGUCCAAAUCUCAGUACUUGAUUUCAUCCUCCAUGGACAGAACUGUUAAGCCCUGGGACAUCACUACCAGUGCCUGUUUGAAAACAUUCUCACAUACAAACUAUGAUGAUAACUUCAUCAUUGGAUGAGAAAGUUCGCAUUUGGAAUGUCCAAGAUCGUAAGAUUGAGGAUUGGAAUGAUCUUCAUGAGAUGGUUACCGCUGCUCAGUGUGAAGUUGGUGGAGCAAGAGCUCUGGCAAAAGGAAGAGAAAGGCCUGAUCAGGGUACUUCCUGUGUGGGACUCAGAGGCAACAGCUGUUGGCUCUUUCUAACUCCUGGUGUGGGCAGUUAUUCUGGUGAAGGAGACAUGGCAACCUGGCAGUUUUGUAGGAGAGUCAUCAAGGCAGGACACAAAAAAAGGGAAGGACCCAUUCACUGGCAUAGCAAGUGGGAGUUGCUGCCAGAGCUUUACACCUUUCCGGAGGGGUGGAGAAGCCAAGUGGAAGGGUUACAUACAUUGUUGUUCUUAUGUAGGUUCAACAUUGAGGAACUAAGUGCAAGAGGACCAUACCAUGUUGCCCGUGUUUCACGCCUUGACAUGACAAAGAUUGAUGUGUCUUUGAUGAGAAAGGUUACACAAAGGUGCAAAGCUUCACAUAAAUUCAGAAUUAUCUUCAUUGCAAGAAAAUAUAUAAAAAUACCAAUGUACUCAACCAAGACAAAGACGGAGCUCAGUGGUCGUUGCUGCUCCUCGUGGGAUAACCGUCCGAGGUUCGAAGCCCCUCCUGCCGGCCUGAAUGAUAUAGGAUUAUGGACAAGAUUAACGACAUUGUCCGUCAUGGACCUGCAGUUGGCGGCGGGCGUGGAUCUCCCGCAGACGGCAGUGCGGGUGUAUGUGUGUGUUGUGCUUGUGCGCAGCCAACUAAGGUGUGGGUGAGAUUGAGCUUUUUUUUACACGGACAGGGAUUGGGCUUUGUUUGGCUCCGUGGUUUGCUCUCCAUGCAAAUGAAAAGAUAUCGAACAUUAUAAUAGACACCAGUACAUGCUU